UGUAGUCACGGUGGCGCUCGCGGGGACGGAGGAGGGAAUGAGUGAAGAGGAUCAGGGCUCCGGCACUACUACAGGCUGCCGGCUGCCCAGCAUAGAGCAAAUGCUGGCCGCCAACCCGGGCAAGACCCCGAUCAGCCUUCUUCAGGAGUAUGGGACCAGAAUAGGAAAGCCGCCCGUGUACCACCUUCUCAAAGCCGAGGGCCAGGCCCAUCAACCUAAUUUCACCUUCCGGGUCACCGUUGGCGACACCAGCUGCACUGACUCUUCACCACCUGAGGACACUCCUGUCGUUGCUGCAGAAGCUGCUGCCCCUGUUCCAUCUGCUGUACUAACCAGGAGCCCUCCCAUGGAGAUGCAGCCCCCUGUCUCUCCUCAGCAGUCUGAGUGCAACCCUGUCGGUGCUCUGCAGGAGCUGGUGGUGCAAAAAGGCUGGCGAUUGCCAGAGUACAUGGUGACCCAGGAGUCUGGGCCUGCUCACCGCAAAGAGUUCACCAUGACUUGCCAGGUGGAGCGUUUCAUUGAGAUUGGCAGUGGCACUUCCAAAAAGCUGGCAAAGCGUAACGCAGCAGCUAAGAUGCUCCUUCGAGUACACACCGUACCUCUGGAUGCCCGGGAUGGCAAUGAGGCAGAGCCUGAUGACGAUCAUUUUUCCAUUGGCGUGAGCUCCCGCCUGGAUGGACUGAGGAAUCGUGGGCCAGGCUGCACCUGGGAUUCCUUGCGGAAUUCUGUGGGAGAAAAGAUCCUGUCCCUCCGCAGUUGCUCCGUGGGCUCUCUAGGGGCUCUGAGCUCUGCCUGCUGCAGUGUCCUCAGUGAGCUCUCUGAGGAGCAGGCUUUCCAUGUCAGCUAUCUGGAUAUUGAGGAACUGAGCCUGAGUGGGCUCUGCCAGUGCCUAGUGGAACUGUCCACCCAGCCAGCCACUGUGUGUUAUGGUUCUGCAACCACCAGGGAGGCAGCCCGAGAUGAUGCUGCUCACCGCGCCCUACAGUACCUCAGGAUCAUGGCGGGUAGCAAGUAGCAUCCCACUGCAGUGAUGGAUAUGCAUCUUUUACUUCUUGCUCCUUCUGCCCCUGGGUCCAUGUAUCCACCUAGCUCUGGUACCCUCCAGAGGUGCCAUCUCUACCUCUGACACAGCCUGUCUGCCUUGAGACUGAGGAAGGCACAGGCAAGCAAGGAGCCAUGAACCAUAGGGCCCCAGCCAGCACAGGAUUUGUCCUCAUUCCGUGGGUGAUGAAUCUAUUGGAGUCCUGAAUAAAUGCUGCUCUUUGGCUUCCUAAA